AUGUCUCAACUUCUAUCAACAAGUGACCCUGCCUACAUUGAGCUUUUUAAGUUACAUAAGCUCUUUGAUGCGCGUUAUAGAGUGUUGUUGUCUUCUAGUGAGUCUGUCAGUUGUUAUUCUGAGGAGUUAUCGUUAGAGGAAGCUUAUCGGAAGGAAGUUGUGUGUGCUAGUGUGUUUAUACGUCCUACUGACCCUGGAUUUGACCUAUCAGUUCUUGGUGGUGAUAGUGGCCUACGUAUGAGUUUGACGCUUCACCGUGUAUCAUCUGUAUCGUUAGAUUCUUCGGAUGGUCCUCACGGUCCAUAUACCAUAGGUCAUGCUUCUGACAUUGCUAUAGAGAGUGUUAGUGUGUCUCGUGGUGUAAAGCUUGUGCUUAAGAAGGUGAUAUUAACUUUUAUGGGCAAGUAUGUUGCUUCCGAAGCUUAUGCUGUGUACGAAUGUCUAAAGUUCGUUGAUCGUGAGCUGUGUAACAUAUUUGCGUUAAGUGCUAAAAGUGUUACUGAUGCUGCUGUUUCCAGUGGUUGUUGUGAUUAUGAUAGUUGGUCUUUGUGUGAGCAGAAGAGUCUUGAGAUUGCUUUGGGUCGAACUAAGUCACUAUUGAAUCCUGUUGAACGUUGGUCUGCUGUGUCGAGUAUUGUGAAGACCAAGAGUGCUGAAGAGUGUCGUCGUCGUUAUCAACGAUGUCGUGAUCAGUUACUUAAUAAAUCAUCUGAGCAUAAGAAAGCUUUGGAGGGUCUUCCGGAUGAGCUUCAGCCCGUAUUGAGUCGCAGUGCCGCUCUUCGUUUUGUUGAUUUGGAUUUGUCUGCGAUUAGUGUAUUUAGUGUCGUGAGUUUCGUCGUUCAGUUGUCAUGUCGUCGUUGUGGCGAUGUGUUUGACUCUAGUAUUUCUCAUGUCAAUAGUAAGGCUGCAGUGUUAUCGCGAUGUUGUGCCAACUGUCACAUUAGUCAUCGUAUAGAGUUCCACCCUCAGCUUUGUUUCGCUACUCAAAGUGUCCUUGGCAAUUUGAGUUUGGAUAAUUGUCAUUUUAAGGACUUUAUUACUGGUGAAUUUUUGGUGACUUGUGAGAGUUGCGAUACUCAAUGCAAGGUUCGCGAUGUACAGAAUGGUAGUUGUAAGCGUUGUAAUUGUCGUGGAUGUUUUUCGAACCUCGUUUUGGGUUUCAAUAGUCUUGAGUUUGGUGUUUCCGCAGAACCUGUAAGAGAAUCUGUUAGUAAGAAGGUUUCUUUUGCUGCUAGAACAAGUCGUUCGAGUGCAUCUGUAAGUCGUGGUCUAAAGGUUGGAACUCCGUUACCGGAUAACGGUAUCUGUAAACAUUAUUCUAAAUCAUUUCGAUGGUUUCGGUUUCCUUGUUGUGGGAAGUUAUUUGCUUGUGACAUCUGUCAUGACGAGGGAAGUGACCAUCCUUAUGAGCUUGCUAAUAUUUUGGUCUGCGGUCACUGUUCUACUCAGCAGCCUGUUUCUAACAAGAAAUGUCGUAAUUGUAAUCGUGGUUAUACUGGAUCAAGUUCGUCUCACUGGGAAGGUGGUAAAGGAUGUCGUGAUGGUGUAAAAUUGAGUCGUAAAGAUUCGAAGAAGUAUGGUUUAUUACGUCGUCAAUCGGAAGGUUUACAUAGCGCGACGCGUGUCCGUGCUUCUUGCCAUGGUUCUAAGGAUGGUGUUUGA